AUGCCGCGUUCCUUCCUGGUGAAGAAGAUCAAAGGGGACGGCUUCCAGUGCAGCGGGGCGCCGGCCCCCACUUACCACCCCCUGGAGACCGCCUACGUGCUGCCCGGAGCCCGGGGGCCGCCCGGGGACAACGGUUACGCCCCGCACUGCCUCCCCCCCACCAGCUAUGAUGUGGACCAGAAGCCGGGCCUGGAGCUGGCACCUGUGGAGCCUCCGUACCCGCCGGCGGCGCCGGAAGAGUACAGCGACCCCGAGAGCCCGCAGUCCAGCCUGUCGGCGCGCUACUUCCGCGGGGAGGCGGCCGUGACCGACAGCUACUCCAUGGACGCCUUCUUCAUCUCGGAUGGGCGCUCGAGGCGGCGGCGGGGCGGGGCCGGCGGGGACGCGGGGGGCCUGGGGGACACCGCGAGCUCCGGGGGGCGCGCGGGACGCGCAGGGGCGCCGGCGGGCGGCGGGCACCGGCACGCGUGCGCCGAGUGCGGCAAGACGUACGCCACGUCCUCGAACCUGAGCCGCCACAAGCAGACGCACCGCAGCCUGGACAGCCAGCAGGCGCGCAAGUGCCCGACGUGCGGCAAGGCGUACGUGUCCAUGCCCGCGCUGGCCAUGCACGUGCUCACGCACAACCUGCGCCACAAGUGCGGGGUGUGCGGGAAGGCCUUCUCGCGGCCCUGGCUGCUGCAGGGCCACAUGCGCUCGCACACGGGCGAGAAGCCGUUCGGCUGCGCGCACUGCGGCAAGGCCUUCGCCGACCGCUCCAACCUGCGCGCGCACAUGCAGACGCACUCGGCCUUCAAGCACUACCGCUGCCGCCAGUGCGACAAGAGCUUCGCGCUCAAGUCCUACCUCCACAAGCACUGCGAGGCCGCCUGCGUCAAGGGAGCCGAGCCGCCCCCGCCGCCCCCCGCCGGCCCCGCCUGCUGA